AUGGCAGAUCGGCUUGGCCCACAUGUGAUCGAGGAUCAUCUGGACCCUGAUACGGCUCAACUCAGCCUGAAUGCUGGUUCCGACAGUGAGCAACUUUCAACAGCUGAGUCUGAGAGGCCUUCACCACCUGAGACUCAGAGUCUCCCAAUACCUGAGACAGAACCCUCCCGGGCUCGAAGACUGUUUCCGUCUUCGAGGUCAGUAGCAGCAGCGUUUCUAGAGUCUCUUCCCAUCGUCAAACCGGAGAACUUGCCAGAAAACUCUCAAGACUGCCACAUCUGCAAAGAACGCUUUGACAACCAGGACCCAGGGGUGGUGGAAAACAAUGAAUUCGCAGUGAAGCUACCCUGCAAUCACAUUAUGGGAUCCAGGUGCCUCGCAAAAUGGUUCGAAGGCAAUAAUUCCUGUCCUAUGUGUCGUGCAACCUCCUUCAGCCAGGAUGUGUCACCACACGCGGAGCUGCUAGGUGCCUUGAAUUUACACUUAUUGUCAUGGUCGGCAGCCUCAAGGCACCUGGCACGCGAAGAGCAAAGAGAGACACUAGCGGCUUCCGUGAGUAUUAAUGAAUUGGACAUGCGGAGUCUUUCGGCACUUGCAGCGGAGAACACUGGGCAUCUUACCAGACUGUCGGAAAUUCAGGCAGGUCCGGAGAACGAGGAGAGCUGGGCGGAGACUGCUCGAAUCGGGGGCAGGAUUAGAGCAAACGAUGCACGGCUCAGGCAAAUUGAAGGCCGAAUCCGAUUCCAAAGGAGGGGAGCUCAGGCGUGGCUUGGCAAUAUCAAGUUUGAGACUCUCACAAACCCAGAGAACGAACUCGGGUCUCUUACCUUACGCAUCAACGAAUUGACCGCAAAGGGCCCGGAGUCUACAAAAGUCAUGGAUCUCCCGAGCGUAUCUGAGAGGUCAGCCCAUAUAGAAAGCGCACCUCGCGAUAAUCCUGUCGUCCUUGCCAACGUUCGCGCCAACAUCCGUGGAGCUUUUGGAUUCGACGCUCCUGGCCCAGUCUCUCAACACCAAGACUCCGAUAGGUCGAUUAAUCGCUCUCAGUUACGAGAUCGGAGAAACGAAAUUCGUAGCCGUCUCGCUCAAGCCAGAGUAGACGCGAUGGACACCGGUGCUUUGGAAACAUCGAAUAUCAGAGCCAAGACUUUCUUAGAAUCCCUCCCGGUCCUCUCGCUCACCGAUCUUUUGGAAGACAAGCAUGAUUGCCCGAUAUGCAUCGAGCCAUACCAGGAUCUUCAGCACAGUGAAAGCCCAGUGCGCCUCCCCUGCAACCAUAUCAUUGGCAAGGACUGUCUGCUAAGCUGGCUGACGUCCUCCGCGCUGAACACCAAAAACAACACAUGUCCAAUAUGUCGCGCCGUCUUAUUCGAGCGCAACAAAGUCGCACUUAAAGAUCAGCUGGGUAUUCUACGCAGAAGCCUGAGUCAUUUCCGGAACGCCCAUGGGCCGAGAAUCUCAAUGGAUGAAACCCUGCGGAGGAACGAAGAGCACGAGAGGACACAUGACCAUAUCACCCAAGCGAGUGCUGCUCGGUGGCGGCUUAUGCAGGCUCACAAUAUUCAAUGA